AUGGAAAAGCCAUUGUCUGCAAAAAAGGUAGAACAGCACGAUCCUAGUUUUGUUAAAGAUGAUAAGUGCGAUAUUGGGUAUGAAGAACCUUCGAAAAUAAGAAAAUACAUCUAUGAUUGUAUAUUAUGGAUUCUAUCUACUACAAUAAGAUGCUUUUUCAGAGAAAUUAGAACUCGUGGUGGGUUUAAAAUACCAAAAGAGGGCCCCGUUAUAUUUGUUGCUGCACCACAUGCAAACCAGUUUAUUGAUCCUGUCAUAUUGAUGGAUCAAGUAAAACUUACGGUAGAUCGAAGGGUAUCCUUUCUAAUUGCGGAAAGUUCUUUGAAACAAAUGGCUAUCGGUUUCUUUGCUAGAUGUGUCAUGGCAAUUGGUGUCGUCAGACCACAGGAUAAUUUGAAAUUCAUUGAAGGUAAGGUUACCAUAGAUCCAAGUGAUAAUAGGAAAAUUAUUGGUCAUGGAACUCACUUUUUAAGAGACUGUAAACCGAAGGGUUUAAUCGGUUUGAGUAAAGCAUCACUUGGAUUCGUAGAGAUUCAAUCUAUUGAAAGUGAUACCGAGUUAACCGUAAGAAAAGAGUUUAAAAUGAAUAAACCUUCUGUGAAACAUGCUUUAUCUAAGGGUUCUAUCUUCAAGUACGCAAGUAAAGUUGAUCAAUCAUUAGUAUACCACAAAGUGUUUGAACAUCUUGCUAAUAAUGGGAGCAUUGGUAUUUUUCCUGAAGGUGGUUCACAUGACAGAACUGAUCUAUUACCUUUGAAGGCCGGUGUGGCUAUUAUGGCACUCGGUUGUAUGAAUAAACACCCUGAUGUUAAUGUCAAGAUUGUUCCAUGUGGUAUGAACUACUUCCAUGCUCAUAAGUUCAGAUCUAGAUGUGUUAUCGAAUUUGGUGACCCAAUAGAAAUUUCAAAGGAUUUGGUUGCCAAAUAUCACAAUCCUGAAACUAACAGAGAAGCUGUGAAAACCUUAUUAGAUACAAUCACCGAGGGAUUGAAAUCCGUUACCGUGACAUGCCCCGAUUAUGAAACUCUCAUGGUAGUUCAAGCUAUGAGAAGAUUAUACUCUACACAAUUUUCUGGUAAAUUACCUUUGUCCUUAGUUGUCGAAAUGAACAGAAGACUUGUGAAGGGCUACGAAACAUUCAAAGAUGAUGAUGAAUUAAUACAACUUAAGAAAAGUAUCCUAACGUAUAAUUCUCAUUUAAGUCACUAUAACAUUCCCGAUCAUUUAGUAGAAACUGCAAAGAUCAAUUUCAUGAAAAACUUAAGUUUAUUAAUUUUUAGGUCAAUUAGAAUCACUCUUUUAUUAGUAUUAGCAUUACCUGGUAUUAUUAUGUUUUCACCAGUUUUCAUACUAUCUAAAAGAAUUUCUGAACAGAAGGCCAGGACAGCAUUGGCCAAAUCUCUUGUAAAAAUUAAGGCUAACGAUGUUGUAGCGACAUGGAAAGUUUUGAUCAGUAUGGGGUUUGCACCAUUACUAUACAUUUUUUGGUCAGUGUUAGUCACAUACUAUUUUAGAGAAUCACCAAUUGGAAAUGUUCUAACUUUCCUAGUAUCGUAUUUAUUAUGUGCCACAGUCACGUAUUCCGCUUUACUUGUAGGUGACAUAGGUAUGGAUAUUCUCAAGUCAUUAAGACCUUUGUACCUUUCAUUGACAUCUCCAAACGGGUUUAAGGAAUUGCAAAAGGAACGUCGAUUAUUGACCGCCCAAAUUGUAGAUACUGUCAAUAGUUUCUCUAGUGAUGCAUUACCAGAUUUUGAAGAAGAAAUCCUAUUCAACCAAGGAACAAUUAACGAAGAGGAAGAAGAUAGAAAGACGAGCGAACUAAAGAGAAGAAGAUUGCUGAGGAAGAAGAAGAAGGAAAGAGAACAAAGAAUGGCUCAACAAGAAGAAGAAGAGGCCGCAGGCGAACAUGAACAUGCACAAGAAUCUGAUGCUAUUUCCCUGGUUAACAGUGACAACUCUCUAUCCAACAUCCCAUUAUUCUCAAAUACGUCAGGUUACAAGUCAGAAUCCUCUUUGACUUCAUACCCUGUAAGUAGAGAUUCCACAUCAGGAUUUGAAAGUGAUAUAAGCGUUGAAAAGAUAGUCUCCAAGGGUGCCAUUACAAGCAAAAUCGCAGAAGCCAUUCUUCGAGAAAGAAACAAGGCAGAAGAAGAAAAUCAGGAGUAA